AUGCACGAAUACCAACAAUUUCCUUCAGCCGAAGAAUUUAAUGCUAUAGUCAAUGAUUAUUUACAAAACCUGUCCUCUAAAAAGCGAGAUAAGGCACUAGUAGAUAGUCAUCGAUACAAGUUGAUUUUGCAGGUCUUAAAAGAUCCUAGAAAUACCGCAAUCUCCACUGCUCAGUUUCGAUUCUGGGUCAAGAAAAUGUUUCGAUUAUUCACUUCUGAAUACAUGGAGUUUGUUUGUCAUGAUGAUAAACCAGUGGCAACACGUGAAGAUAUCUAUGGCAUUCUAAUUCUUGCCCACAAAGAAGCUCAUCACGGUGGUAGAGAUAAAACGUCAGCCUUGGUCCGUAAAAGAUAUUCCUGGAUUCCAAAAGAAUUAAUUGCUCGAUUUGUACGACAUUGUCCAUUUUGUAUUUCCAGAAGAAAU